CGAGGCCCACCCGCACAGCGAUCGGCCUGGAGACAACGAGACCGGCUAUCAGAACUCCGGUGCGUGACUUGCCUCCCAUUCGGCCACUCCCUUGUUGGCAUAAGAUAUUUCAGAAUCUACUACCAGUCGCAAAAUCCUUCAGGUCUCUUACUCGUCAACAAUGGGUUCGGUAGGCGAGAAGAAAGUCGAUGUUCUGGUUGUUGGUGCCGGAUUCGGAGGGUGCUAUCUACUGCAUAUUUUGAGGAAACAUGGACUGUCCGUGCAGCUGCUCGAGGCCGGCACAACAGUUGGAGGUGUUUGGGCUUGGAAUCGAUAUCCCGGUGCGAGAGUAGAUUGUGAGAUGCCCUACUACGGCUUCAGCGAUCCCGAUGUCUGGAGCACCUUCACCUGGACCGAACGCUAUCCCUGCGACACCGAGCUCCGCAAGUACUUCCAACACGUUGUCAAGGUCUGGGAUCUGGAGAAGGAUAUUCACCUCCGGACGAGAGUCGUCGAGGCCAACUACUCCAACGGCGGCUGGCGCGUCAAGACCGACGCUGGAGACCACUGGUCGUGUAAAUGGCUUAUUGCCGCCACCGGCACGUCUGCCAAACCUCACAUCCCUCACUGGAAGGGAAUGGAAAAGUUCAAAGGCGUCAUCCAUCACUCCUCGCUGUGGCCUGAACAGCCUGUUGACAUGGCCGGAAAACGAGUGGCAGUGAUCGGUUGUGGCUCCACCGGUGUGCAAGUGAUGCAAGAAGCGCCCAAGGUGGCAAAGGCCGUCACGCAGUUCAUCAAAACCCCAAACUUGGCCGUUCCCAUGCGGCAGCGCCAGAUCUCUGAGGAGGAAAUCUACUCCAACAAGUGUCUCUACCCUCACAUCUUCCGAGCAUGUCGUGGCACCCGAACCGGUCUCCCUAUUGAGAAUCUUGGACGAAAAGUGUUUGACGACGACGACACAACACGCCGCGCCAUCUGGGAUGAGAGGUGGAAGCGCGGUGGGUUCAACUGGAGCCAAGGCGGCUACACCGACCACAUCAUCGACGAAAAGUCCAACCGCGCCAUGUACGACUACUGGGUAGAGCAGACGAGGAAGCGGAUGAAGGAUGGGCCGAAACGUGAGCUCCUUGCCCCGUUGGAGCCGCCAUAUUUCAUCUCCACCAAACGGCCCUCUCUGGAGCAGGAUUACUAUGAAAUGUGCGAUCUCGACCACGUGACCAUCACGAACUCACCGAUUGUCGAGUUCACGGAGACCGGUAUCAAGACGGAGGAUGGAAAGGUGCAUGAAUUUGACAUUGUAGCGAUCUGCACGGGCUACGACGCGGUGACGGGUGGGCUGAGGCAGAUGGGUCUCAAGGGUCGCGGUGGCGUUGAUCUCGAUGAGAAGUGGAAGGAUGGCGUCGCGACUAACGUGGGCAUGAUUGCUCAUGGCUAUCCAAACAUGUUCAUGGUGUAUGGUCCGCAAGCUCCAACCUCCCUCACGAAUGGACCGCCGUUCCUGGAACUGCAAGGCGACUGGAUCCUCUCCGUCAUCGAGCAGCAAAUCAAAGACGGUCUUGCCACGGUGGAGGCCAACAAAGAGGCGGAAGAGGCGUGGCGUGAGCAUUGUCUGGAUCUCGCCAGCAAGACACUGUUGAUCAAGACCAACUCCUGGUACAUGGGAGCCAAUGUCCCUGGUAAGAAACGGGAAUUCCUGGUCUACCUUGGAGGCAUUCCCAUGUGGCACAAGGCUUGUGUGGACGCCCUCGACGGCUGGAAAGGCUUUGAAGUUCAUCAAACGGCGACGUAGGGAGCU